CCGGGCCCGCUGCCGGCCGGCGAGGUGGGCGGUGCGGCCUGUCCCUCCCCGCGGGGCGGCCACGGCAGCGCGGGCACAGCCCGGCCCCCCCUCGCCCUGCUCCUCCGGUGGCAGCCCGCUCUCUUCUCCUCUCCUCUCCCGAAGGACUCGCCGCCGUCGGGGAUGCUCCCGGCCCCCCGGGGCAGCCAGGCGCCCUGAGCAGCCUUCCCCCCACCCCCCACUUCUCCCCUCUCAGGCGCGGGCGGCGGGGUGAGCGGGUGAAGCCUCCUCCAUGGUGGGCUUCGGGGCCAACCGGAGGGGCGGCCGUCUGCCUUCCCUCGUCUUCGUGGCGCUGCUGGUGGUGAUCGCCAUCCUCGCCUUCAACUGCUGGAACGCCUCGUCCCGCCAGGCCCUGCUGCAGGAGGAGCUGGCCGAGCUGCAGAGCCAGGCCAAGCGCACCGAGGUGGCCCGGGGCCGCCUGGAGAAGAGGAACUCGGACCUGAUGGGCAAGGUGGACUCCCACAAGAAGCAGCUGGAGCAGAAGGAGGCCGACUACAGCCAGCUGAGCAGCCAGCUGCAGGCCCGGGACGGCCAGGUGAAGAAGUGCGAGGACAGCAAGAUCAAGCUGCAGAACAACGUGUCGUAUCAAAUGGCAGACAUACACCGCUUAAAGGAACAACUAGCAGAGCUACGGCAGGAAUUCAUUCGCCAGGAGGAUCAGCUCCAUGAGUACAAGAAGAACAACACGUACCUCGCACGCAGACUGGAGUAUGACAGCCUGCAGUGUGGGCAGCAGAUCAAGGAAAUGAGACUGCAACAUGAAGAAAACAUGAAGAAAUUAAUGGACCAAAUUAUGCGGGAACAAAAGGCCACGCAAAAAAUUCAGUCCAGUAAAGACACUGAAGUAAGUCCCAACAAUGAUGACCAGGCAGUACCCAAGCCAGUUCCAGAGGCAGAAGAUAAAAACGCAGUAAAGAAUGAGCAGCCCUCAGACCAUGCUGUAAAUGGGAAAGAGAAAAUCAAAGCAGGAGGAGAUGCAGGCAUGCCUGAGAUAGAAGAUAAUGACCCUGCUAAGGCUGAAGAUACUCCCACCGCUUUAAAGAAGCCGCUUAUUUCAGCUCCUAGAAGUGAAGUUCACCAGCCUGUUAUGAAUCUCCCAACUGAACAGCCCCACGCCCCAAAUCUGGCACCAGGUUUGCACAGCGACAAUGAUGGAAACGCUGAUAUUGCAAAGCAGAUCCCUCCAAAUUCUCUCCAGCACUUAAAUUUUGAGGAAAAUGUGGAAAAUCAGAAAGAAAACAAAAUUGAAACGGACCAUAUAAAAAUUCCAAAGAGCAGAGUUAGUGACUUGCAGAAGAUGAAGCAAAGCCGGUUCUUUGAUGAGAAUGAAUCCCCUGUUGACCCGCAGCAGGGUUCUAAACUGGCAGAUUAUAAUGGGGAUGAUGGGAACGUGGGUGAGUACGAGGCAGACAAACAGGCUGAGCUGGCUUACAAUGAGGAAGAGGAUGGUGAUGGUGGAGAAGAAGACGUCCAAGACGAUGAGGAGCGAGAUCUGCAGAACGACCUGGUUGACUACGGCAAGGCCCGCUUCAGCGACGGGGUGCUGUGAGGGGGGACCCGCCGAGACGGGGACCCGGAGAGGUCUCGGCUGAGGAACUUGACGUCCUGUGAAACUGAACCAUUUUUACUUCUUACUUUAAAGGAAGCUGGGGAUUAGAAGCGAGGGGCGCGUUCCACGUCAGCGCGGGAGCAGGAGGAAGGGGUUCUGUACAUAUGUACAUAGUUGUACCAUUGCAAAUUGUAUUAAAACUCCAUUUCUGGUGUUACAUUGAGCCAACUACUUAGACUGUACCUUAUCUGUAAUAAUCUUUACAUUUAAAAGCGGUACUAUAAAUAGGGGCUGAAUUGUUUCUGCAAUUUAGAAACCUUUGUAAACUGGAGAACUUGUACAGUUUGUAUCUCAUGUAACAAAGACACCGUGGAAGCCGUGUACAGCCCAAGGACUCCUUUUCUACAGCAACACCCUGUGAGCAGGGACCCUCCCGCGCCCCUCGGAGCGCUCUGCCUUUGCCUUUUACGGGUGAGAAUGAAAACAGGACGUUUGAAACGUUGCUCCUUCCCCGGUGUCAGCGAGGAAAGGCCGAGAGCGUCUGCGGGAGCGAGGACCCUUCUCAUUGUCCCGUGCAGUGACCCGGGCUGGGAGCUGGAACGCCAGCGUAGUAGAGUCUGCAUCAUUUGAUAGACCCAAAGCAGUUUGUAACCAAUAGCUUAUUCCAAAAGGAGAUACCAAUAAUCCAGCAGAGCUUGUAGGACCCCGUUGUGUGUGUUGGGGAGGGGGUGUCAGUGCGGAGCCUCGGUGGGAUCCAGCCCCUGGGGACACAUUGGAUGCGGCGGGUGCCGUCUCUGGAGCAUCCCCCGGUCCCAGCCCCCCCCUUGAGUUACAGUUUAAUGCUUUGAUACGAUCUCUGAGCAUCCACCAUCUUCCACCUUUUGAUUUUAUACACCGGGAGGUUUGUAAGUUAGAUACUUUUUGUAUUCUGCGUUUAAGCACUUUCUGAAUUUUAUGGGAAUGAUUCUGUCGAUCUGGUGGAAAUUAAGGUUAUUAACCCGACCUGCUUCUCCAAAAGGGCUACUCCGAGGAGAAAUGAGGGGCCUCUGACGUGGGUGAUUGUGCCUCAUCUCCCAGGUUCCGGUUUGAAGGAAGAGUGAAGUUUUGCUCGAUGCCGAUUCUGGGAACCUCUUCAGUGAUCUUGAGGGUCACACGAUGGGGGUUUGGCUACGGGGAUCUUCUGCCAAUCAGUCUCCAAUGGAAAAGAAGUAAAAAUUUCAGAUGCUGGCAAUGAAUCUCAAGGGGUUUUUUUUGUUUAAGGCUUGAGCUCUUCAUUCCAUCCUCUGGGAGGCAGCUUUGGGAACAGCCCUGGGCGCGGUGCGAUGCCCUCCCAGUGGGAGAUAAAACACUGAACCUGCUGGGAAUGAGAUCCCCCCCCAUCCCCGGGUGCAGUGACCCCCUCCCAGGACACUCCCACUGGCCGCCUCCAGCCAAUGCUGUAUUUAAGCACCAUGAUUUUUUUUCUUUGUCUUAAAAUGUAAUUUCACCCUGAAUUAGGUGUUAACUUGAUUCUUCUAAUGAAAGCAACGUUUAUGGGUUCUAAUAAAUUAAGUUGUUUAAAGUA